AUGCAGAACACGACAACGAAUGUCACCGGUAUGCCUAAAGCUACAUACACAACUUUACCAAUAGACCAUCGAGUUAAAUUUGCAAUGGGAAUAAUCUAUUUAGCAGUAAGUAUCUAUGCUGUUUUGGCUAACUUCUUGUUACUGCAUUUCAAGGAGAAACAAGAAUAUGAAAAAAGAAGCAAGCCCAAGAGAGCAUUCAGUAGAAACAUCAACGACAUCUUCAUCCGUAGCCUCGCAUGGUCAGAUAUUUUGUGUGGUGUAAUCACUUUCCCGGUCGUCGUUUUAACAUUUUUUGCCCACGUUUUACGAUACGAUUGGAUUUGUAAAUCCGUCAGAUACGUGAACUUUGUCUUCCCUGUUAUAACGGCAAUGAAUCUUUUCGUUAUCGGUAUGGAGAGAUAUAUUGGCAUAUUUCAUCCCUUCAUUGCGCCAUCUAAACAUAGUGUCAAGCGGUUAGUCAUUGGAACAUGGAUUUUAGGAGUUUUAGUUUCAUUCUUUCCUUCUGAAGUAUUAUUUGGUGCCAACAAACACAAUAUCGGACCUAACAGCUAUACUAUAACAUGUGUGAUAGACACAAACUUGACUCAUAUCCGUGUAAUGGCUAUCUGUUAUGCUUCCAUUCAGUACGUUAUCYCAAGCAUCAUAUUGACUAUCACGAACAUAAAGAUCCUUAAAUUCCUACGAAGACGCCGAAGACAAAUUCAGCAAACGAAGGAACGAGCCAGCAAAACACCUUUCACUGGAACAAAUACUUUCGUAAUGCUGAUCUUUUCUUGCAUCCUUCCUUACUUGAUCUGCGCUUUGAAUGCUGGUUUGAAAGGAAUUUUUCAGCCSAAGUUGAGCUACACUAUGGACUACAUUAUCAGGCACCUUUGCGGGUUUCUUGCCUACUCUAAUUCCGCUGUCAGUCCGACUKUAAUGUUUUACAGUAUGCCUGAUCUGAGGAGAAUGAUAAGGGAGUGUUUCGGGGGCACGUGUCGACGUCCGAAAAUCCCACRAAGGUAUGUCGAUUCAUCAGCCAGUUCAGUSGGAAUUCAAGAGAAAGCUCCGAGUGUUCCAGACUCUAACCAACCUAAAACUUCAUAUAAAAUAAGUCCYAAGACGGAACAAAGAAAACAUUUGACUCCACAUAAUCGCGAUAAUCAGGAAGAAGAAGAAUUAGAAGAUUCAUCAGCCGCUUCAGUUUGGAAUUCAAGCGAAAGCUCCGAAUAA